AUGAACGAUGUUGAUACUAAAGAGAAACUGCCCAUACAUCUGGUCUUGGGAAACGGAGAGUACGCUCGAGUGAAAACUAGAACCAAACCCCUACUCAGCGGAAAAGAUAGCGAGCCGGUGGCGGAAAAGACGAAAUGUUCUGGCUUAACUGAUGCUAAGGAAAACGACCAACAUUCUGUCUACGAAGAGUUCAAAGAACAGCUCGUCAGGAACCCAGCAGGGUACUACGAGACGAAUCUUCCAUGGAAGCCAAACCACCCUCCGUUGCCAACGAAUAAAGCAGGUAGCCGUCGUCGUUUAACCACUCUAGUGAGAAAGUUAAGACGCGAGGGAAAUUACGAACAAUACGAUAACGUGAUUCGUGAUCAGAUCAACCAGGGAAUCAUAGAAGUAGCGCCGGAGGAACCGAAGGGUAGAGUAUUUUACCUUCCACACACGGGAGUCGUCAAGAGCUCGGCAGAGACAACGAAAUGGCGUGUGGUGUACGAUGCCUCUGCGAAAGAACAAAAUAACCAGCCAUCUCUGAACGAGUGUUUGAGCCCUGGCCCUCCACUUCAAAAUCUGCUUUGGGAAAUUCUUAUACGUUCACGAUUCCAUCCUGUCAUCCUAACGAGCGAUAUCGAAAAGGCCUUCCUACAGGUGAGGAUAAAGGAACAGGAUGAAAUAUUUCAGGGUCUAUAUAACUAA